GUAUAAAAUCAGUGCUAUUCCAGAACAUACAUCACAACACUUCUUGCAUUUCGCGAGUUAACUUGAAUCACUUUAAACUACCAAAUCAACCCCAACAAAAUGUUCAAGCUGUUCAUCUUCGCCUGCUUCCUGGCCUUCGCCGCCGCCAAGCCCGGUAUUGUUGCUCCCGUAGCAUAUACCGCGGCGUACACCGCGCCAGUAGCCGCUGCGUACACCGCGCCAGUGGCCGCGGCGUACACCGCUCCGGUCGCAGCCGCGUAUACUGCACCAGUAGCGUAUUCCUCUUACUCAGCAUACCCAGCCUACUCAGCCUACAGUUACGCGUCACCUUACUCUGCCUACUACUUACGCCGUUAAUUUUAAACAACAAAAUUUAUUAUUAAACCGCAAAAACCAACGCCGUUAAUUAAAAUUAUUAUUUUGAGUUAUUAACCAAUCAGGACUAAACAUGUGAUGAUAGUCAUGUAAAUACUCUUUGCCAAGCUCUCUCCUUAAUAACAUUGUACUUUGUUCUUUUGUUUUUUCAUGGCUUAGUGCCUCUUAUGUACCCAUCUGUGAUGUCCUUAUCUACACUCAACAUCAAAUAAAUCGCACCUUCCGCGACGCGAACUUUAAAGAUUUUCUUUUGACACAAUCAUGGUGCCCCAACAAUAUUGGUGUUAUUUGAAAGCCUAAUAAAUAAACUUAAAGAAAAACACAUUUAAUUUUUUUAUAAACAAUUAACAGGUACCAUAAAUGUGACUUGAAAAAAGGCCUCACUUGGGGCUCACCUAUGGGACCAAGUAGACCAAUUUUUGUGGUUAUAAAACCAAAUAAUGAUCUUACGUGUCCUUUUUAACAGAUGGAUAGCAAUAAAUCCCAAUUUAACAGUUUUAUAGCCAUAAAAGUUGGCUCAAGCGUAACUACCUAUUUUAUGAAGAAGUGACUCUGGAUCCUUCUAAAGACACAUUUUUGGGACAAGAACCUUUCCUUUAAUGAAAUGAAGUUUAGAACUAGGAUUUCAAAUGGUACCAAUAUUGGUGGGAAGUGGGGAUGCAUACGUUUGAUAAGUGCUUGUCGCGGGAGGUGCGAUUUAUUUGAUGCCGAGUGUAUUAUGUACAUUUUAGACAUAAGACAAACAAUAAACAUUUGAAAAGUAAA